AUGAAGGUGCACAAGGUGAAAAAGGCGGGCGAGGGCGGCAAGGCGAAGGGCAACACCGGAGAGGGGGGGUCCAGUUUGGUGAAUCUGAAAAUAAAAAAUGAAAAUAUUCACGUAAAAAAUAUCGUACGGACUAUACACUACGUGUAUAACAAUAGGUACGACAGCGAGACGGGCUUCUCCUACAUAAAAGACAUCCUUAAAAAUAUCAUUAAGGGCAAUGUAUACGACGUGGAGCACAAGCGGUACGUGAACGAGUAUUGCAUUUAUGAGCUGUGCGCGAGGAUAGUACUGAACAUGGUGAGGAGCAAUGCUAAGGAUGAAAACUUUAACAAGAUGAUGGAGUUCCUGUUUGACAUUUUGUACUACUGUGAUGUGUUGCUCAGUGAGAAGGCCAGUCGCAGGGGGGGGAGAAGCACCGCUGGGGGUGCCAAUGUUAGCGGCGGGGUCAGCGCCGGGGUCAGCGCCGGGGUCAGCGGUGGGGCCAGCGCCGGGGUCAGCACUGCUUCCAGCGGUGGGAAGGACGCAAGCCAGGAGUAUGAACUCAUCGCCAAGUUCUGGAACAGACUCCUAGACAAUAUAUUCAUCAAAGACAGGAAGCAGCGAAUCAAUUUAUGUAGAGUGGUAAAAGCAUUGGUCAAGAAGGCAUGCACUUUGCAGAUAGAUGUAUCGAACAAGUUGUGCAAAAAACAUGAUCAUAAUAUUCGGAUUCUUUGUCUAAACAUUUUAGAACCCUUUCAGGAUUUCAACACAACAGCUAGCUACUUGCGUUGUCUUGAUGAUUCCCACAAUGCAGUCAGAAUACACGCCAUUCAAAAUAUAGCCAUUUACACAGAUGACACAAACGGGGGGAUGAACAACAGGAAUAAUUACGACCAUUUGAUCAUCCUCAAAAAUUUUCUUGUCAGAAUAAAUGAUACCAAUCCAAACGUUAGAAUAAGUGUGUAUGAAAAGUUAAAAAACCAUUAUUUUUUCAUUCCAUCGGAUAUGAAAUUUGAGUUACUUUUAUGUGGACUUAACGAUAAGGAUAACUCUGUUCGGCAGAGUUGCUACAGUAUGAUUAUCCACUGGGUUCAACACUUCGAUGACAAGAUAGAGAAUCUGCUCCUCCACUUAAUCAAUAGCGAUAUUGAUAACGACCUAAUUGUCGAGCAAAUAUGCAAAAUUCACCUGAGCAAUAUUAGGAAUGGCGUAAUCCGGAGUGGCAGCAGCGAAUUCGAUGACAUGAAGAAGAAAUCAUCAACGGUUGCUCCAUCUGCAGGGGAACGGCAGAGUAGUAGAAGUAGAAACGAGCUGGGCAGCCAAGACAAUCCACGCAAGUCCCACAAUGGUGAGAGUAUGUCCCAAAAAGGUGAGAGUACUUCUCACAACAAUGACGGUACUUCUCACAAUAAUGACGGUACUUCUCACAAUAAUGACGGUACUUCUCACAAUAGUGAUAGGAAUAGCCCCUAUGGAGAGGCCUGGUAUACCCACUGCAUAAACAACCUGUUCCUGCUGAACGCAGCGGAGCUGUACAUUCUUCGAGUGUACGUUCAGCAUUUUUGCGACGAACAAGAGAAGGAAAAAAUCGACGCACUGAAGGUGAUCAACGCAGUGUACUACUACAUGCACCUGAGCCGAUUCAAUGAGAAGGUCUACUACAACAGGAAGAACUAUAUUAACUGCAUCGAAAAUAACGAGAGUGAUCAGGCGGAUAAUCUCCACCUGUUCUGUACAUGUGGGAAGGGUAACUCGGAUAUAAAGACCCUGGAGGAGGCAAGGAAGAGGAGGUUCAUGGAGAGUUCCAUUUUUGACGACGAGCUUUGCGAUAAGUGUAUGUACUACCGGGCUGUGUGUAGCAACCAGGACGGUGUGAAUAAUGAUGCGGAUGGAACUUCGGCCAAUCGGGUAGAGAGCGAAGGGGUGAACAACCCAGGCGAGCACGUCCUCAUCAACGAAGAUAAUAUUAACGAAAAUUACAACUACAUAUGUAACAUGAAGAACCUGCUGAUGAUCUGCAAAUAUUUGGAUAUCAUCGAGACGUACCAGGUGGAUAAAAUACUCAAAUGCUGCUGCACCGUCCUGUUGAGGGGUCCCCUCCGAGAAGUCAUCAUAAAAUGUAUGCUGAACAACACGGGGGUCAAUUACUACAAACUGCAGAAGGGGCACAUCACGUGUGCCUACUGGCUGAGCAGCAGUUAUGUAUACGCCUGUUUGGAGCUACUCCGACAGAUGGUCUACAUAAAGAACAAGAACUGCGACGUGAAUGACGUGGAAAUUAGUCUGACCAAUCAGAUACUGGGCAUCAUCUCGGAGAUUAAGGAACCGUUCGAAAACCCGGAGAGUGAGGGCCCCUUCUUCGCGGUAGACACGGUCAACUUUGCAGAGGAGGAGGAAAAGCAGCAAAAUGAGCAGACGCAGAAGCAGACGCAGAAGCAGACGCAGACGCAGGCGAGGCUGGAAGGCUCCCCUCGAAAUGGGACAGAGAGUUCCCCUAAACUGGCUGCAAAGGAGCAGGCGGAGAAGAACCCCCUGGCGGCGCUCUUCAACAACAUCCUCAACGUGGAAAACGACACCAUCUUUGAUAUCAUCAGGAAGAAGAAACUAAGCACUCUGUCGAUCGAGCACCUGCUGAUCCUGUGCAGGAAGAUGCAGCACAAGCUGGACGUCACAGAGGCGAAGAUAAAAGAUUUGACCGAGAUGGAUAGGGAACGAUCUGCUGAAGAAGUAAAGUCCCCUAAGGCAGAUGAGCAGAAGCAGGCUAACAACAAUCACCAUCCACUCUUCGCAUUCCAUGACCAGAUCAGACUACACACGCAAAUAUUUAUAAAGCAGAUAACAAUGUUGAGUUUGCUUCGACUAGAACUUAAAAGGAGAUGGUUAAGAAUUCUAUUCAUAUUGGAAUCAUUUCUAUGCAAAAGUAAGUCUCACUGUUCAUUCGAUUCAGCUUUGCGAGAAUUCCCAAACGAGUUGUUACUUCCUGCAUUGAAUUUUUGUUGCUCCAUAAUGCCAGAAUGGGAUGACAAAGAAAUAGAAGAUCAAUUUUAUGAUAUAAUUGUUUCCAAGUGUUUGGGUAAUUGGUGCAUGUAUAUAAGUAAUGACGAUGAAUUGAAGAAGCAGAUUUAUGCUUACAAAACUGCAAUAGUGGAUACAUGUGAAGUAUUGAAUAACUGCCUUCUUAGUAUUGAAAAUAUUCACGCAAAAGUUUAUCCUAGUGUGUAUCAGAAGGGCAACAUCGAUUUGAUGACUCAGACAGAAAGGGGACUUAAUAAAAGUGGUGUUGCAGGAAAUGUUGGGCAGGGGGGAGAUCCACAGGAUGAUGACACGAAUCAACGAAGAGGAACAUACGAUGAGGAUGUGAAUAGCCAACUUAUUUUCUAUGAAUAUAAUCCCCCAAAUGAGUCCCUAUUGAAUUAUUUUGCGACGAAUCAGAAUGCAUGGUAUGAAUAUAAGGAGUUGUUAGAAAAAUUAGAAAUAAAUUCUUUGCGGUGUGAAAUAUACAUUUGCGUUUUGGGAGACUUACUCAUGACGCACCCAAAUUUAAACAAUGAUAAACUGAUUAUCGAUGCGAUAGAAAAUAUUUGGAGCUAUCUAAAUGGCACUGUCAACACGAGCAAAUAUAUUCAGUCCAUAUGUCUGCGAGUCUUCUGCAAGUUAUUGUUAACCGAAUAUUUGGGGAAUCACAUUUACAGAUUGUCCAAUGAGGAAAUGCACAGAAUGGUGAGAAGGUCAUCCAAUAAAUUGAGAGCUCUAUUUGAAAUGUGCUUCCUCAUCUCUCCUUCUACAUACAAUUGUGUCCAGGAUUUCAAAAAAAUUAGUACAUUUAACAUAACGAAUAUAAAUGCACAUGAUAAACUGUUCCUCUUUUCUGUGUUCUCUAUGUAUCCUUCCAUGAGUGAGACUAAUCUGUUGGUCUUUCAUUUCACCUUCGAAGAAGUACUACUAAAAACAUGCGACGGAGUUUUGAAGCAUAAGUUGAGGACCAUCAACUAUACCAAUAUUCUCACCUUUAUUAUUUUUACCAUUCUGCAUAAGGCCAAUAUACAUUUCCUCGUUGCGCACUUCCCCAAGUACAUAAAAUCGAUCCUACUGGUCAUCAUAGAGAAGGGUGUCGCCUUGACUAGCCGCUCAAACAUUGUCGAGCUGGUGUACAAAAUUAUACACAUUUAUCUCUUUCACGACUUGGGAGAUGUCCGGGGAAGGGGCACCUCCGCAGCUUCCGCUUCGGCCGAGGCUGCUGUCCCUGCUUCUAGUUCCAUUUCCGCUCCCACCGCUGAUGGGGGAAGUGCCAAAGUGGGCGGGUCGUACGAACCCAGGGAAGCGAAAAAAAGAGGCAGGAAAAAAAAAAACGCAGCACUUUCUGAAGAAACAAACGAGAAAAAAGAAGCAGAAGAUAGAGAAGCAAACCUAAAGACUCAUACCAAUUUCGAAAUAGAAAUGGAACAAGCAGAAAGAGAAGCACAGGAAGAAAAAAAGGACCAAAAAGGAGACAAUAAAAACUACACCAUUUUCUUCAAAAGUGCCCUCUCAGAUGUUAACACCACCAUUAAAGAUUUAAAGACGUUUUAUGUUCUCAUCAAUUUUUGUAUGCACUCGAGUGAUAUUAUAAAAUCGAAAAAUGAAAUUAAAUUGUGUGAAGCAUUGAAGGAAUGUUUGCAGAAAAAAAUAGACGAGGUUAGGACCUACUUCGUACAAAGGAACCUUGUGGUUGGUGCUCCAACAGGGGUAGAACCCCCAACCAUGGCGAAUACAAAUACCCUUCUAGAUGUAGCCAAAAUGGACGCCCUAAGGGAAGAAGCCAUUUAUGAGGAAAUCAUUAAUGAGUAUGUUAACUAUAUAGCAACUUUGCCGCAAAGGAGAUUUUCCUACCCAGUUGUCCCCAGGGGGGGGGAUGGCUGCAAUGAGGAGGAAAUGUCAGCAGAAGAAAUCAUGGAACAAAUUGGUCAUAGUGCGAAUGGGGAACGCCCAAGUGAAUGCAUCUCUCAUCAUGUGCGUACUGCCGAUGAUAUGUGUAGUGAAUUACCAAAUGGAAGCUACGGACGCCUCUUCGAGAAGGCGGCCCACUUGGCUGUUAAGGUGAAAUAUCCUCCCGGUGAGCCUGCCAUAGAACACAAAGAGACGCAUGACGAAUUCAUCGACGCAAUUGAAGAGGCGUCAUGUUCGAUCCAAAACAGUUUCGAGACCAUCGAUGACGUUAAGAAGUUUAGCUCCCCCCUUGACGACCUUCUAGAUGUGGACACUGUGCCCAAGCUUGCCGCCGCCCGGAGCGACGAAACGGUUUUGCAGCACGAGCGGGAUGGCUCCCCUUGCGUAGGCUACAACCGGGAGGAGGCGGCAGUGGAGGAGGCAUCAGUGGGGAAGGCAUCAAUGGAGAAGGCAGCAGUGGAGGAGGCAGCCGUGGAGAAGGCAGCCGUGGAGAAGGCAGCAGUGGAGAAGGCAGCAGCCGCCGAACCCGCCGAACCCGCCGAACCCGCCGAACCCGCCGAACCCGCCGAAGAAACUCCCCUUAGGGAAGACCCCCCCAACGGCAGCAGCAUGAAGCGAGAUAAGCGAAACUCCCCGCGCAAGCUAACCGAACUGAACAUAAGUUCCAGCGAAGAAAGCCCCGCGGACGAGGAGCACCCCUCAAGCUUGAACGACUUCGAGAGCGUGAGGGAUGCCGCCGAUUUUGACGACCACAGCAGCGGCAGCAGCGGAAGCAGCACGCACAGCAACGACUCCACCGCCAUGGCCUUUAAGCGCUUAAAUAAAUUGAAGCGCACCAGCUACACGAACGUCGUUUCGAAGUGA